AUGUCUUCAGGUGGCACAAACCCUGCUAUCAGAACUCUCUUCUACCGCCUGGUGCGUCUUCUUAGUCUUGGAAUACAUCCAAUCUUUGUCUUCGAUGGCCCUCACAAACCGGCCUUCAAGCGCAACAAGCGCUCUGGCAGAGGAGAUGGCGUUGCCACGGCCAUGGCAAAGAGAGUGACCCGUCUGUUCGGGUUUCCCGUGCACGACGCACCAGGCGAAGCAGAGGCCGAAUGCGCCCUUUUGCAGCAGAAAGGAAUCGUCGACGCCGUCCUCAGCGAGGAUGUCGACACCAUCAUGUUCGGCUGCACUCGAACCCUCCGAAACUGGACUGCAGAGGGAACCCGUGGUUCCAAAACACCAACUCACGUUAGUUUGUACGAUGUCAACGCAUUGCUGUCUACCGGAACCGGCCUGGAUCGGGAGGGCAUGGUUCUGGUCGCACUGAUGAGUGGGGGCGACUACCUCCCCGAGGGUGUGCCUGGCUGCGGCGUCAAGCUGGCGUGCGAGGCCGCGAAGGCUGGGUUUGGAAAAUCACUAUGCCGCCUCAAAAUUGACGACGACAUUCAGUUCGAGGAGUGGAGGGCGAAGUUGCGACAUGAACUCCGUACCAACGAGAGUGGCUUCUUCAGAGUACGUCACAAGGCACUCUCCAUCCCAGACGAGUUUCCGAGCCGGCAGGUUUUAAGGCACUACACCCAUCCUGUCGUUUCAAACUCAAAUACAGUCAACAAGUUAAAGACGGACGUGAAUUGGGGCAACGCGAUAGACGUGCAAGGCCUACGGUAUUUCGUCCAGGAGACAUUUGACUGGGUGAACAAAGCCGGUGCUGUCAAGCUCACGCGGGUCUUGUCCCCCGGCUUGCUGGACGAGGUUGUGUCCUUUGACCGUCAGGGUCUGGCGCUCAACAGCGACGACGACCUUGAGGCGACUAUCGACGGCGAUGCUGAGACAGCGGGCGGCAAGACCAGGACAAAUAGCACUUUUGAUCCGAAUGUACCUGAGUUGAUUUGGCUGCCAGAAACGCUUGUCAAGAUAAGUGUGCCUCUGACGGUAGAGGACUGGGAGGAGAAGCAGCGUUCUAAGGCUCUUCCUCGGCCAUCGAGCAAGACGGUCAAGACGGCCAAGACGGCCAAAACCACAAAGACAAUUAGGACCACGAAGACCGCCAAGAAGUCCGCCAGCACUGCACCACACGAAGCGGGCGCUCUUGACAAAUGGGUGCAAAUUACCAAGACCACAGGGACAAACCCCAGCACAACGUCACAGGAUAAGUACUUCGACGAUGGUGAUAUUCAAUUACCACCGCUCGCCCGGUCGACGCUCCGCGGCUCAAGCCCGCCACUACAUUCGUCUGCCUCCGUCUCCGCCUCGUCGCAACUACCGACCCCGUUGCAGAGUUCAGUCAAUCUAAGUAAGCAAUCCAGGUCCAACGGGAAAGCGACGGCCGGCGUAGAACCGACCGGGCACCUGGGCGCCUGGGCACACGUUGGCUCACAGCAUAUGCCUAGGAUCACCAAAUCUCAACACCCCGCAAAGCCGAUUAUUUUGUCAUCUAGCCCCAUACGCGCGUCGUCUGCGCCUACUCGUCCGUCGCUGAGUCCGCCGUCGCCUCAGCACAUCAUAGACUUGUCAGGUCCCGAUGACGCGACCCUCAUUAAAGCGUCCAAGUCGUUCGACACUUUCUCAUCACCCAGUCAACCGUCUACCAUGACACAGCUGGCCAGAGGGCCAUCACCGGCGCUCUCCGGCAUACCGUCCGACAACAAACAAUCUAUGAAGCAAACGCGCAUGGAUUCGUUCGUCACAAAUUUGCCCGACAAGCCAUUGAAUGUGGAAAGUCUGACACAUCCAAACACGCGGGAAAGCAAUGGCGCACUGGCAUACAUCAGCGCCAGCCAGACCGUGAAGCCGAGUUCCCUCGGCUACAACGACACCAGCUUGAAUAUGCUUCGGAUCACCAAACCUCUGGCAAGAUGGAUAGAUUACGACGACGAUGACGCGCCGCCCCCAAUGGAAGGCACUUCUGGGCGGGCGAGGAGAAUGGCGGUGCCUCGGAAGAGCGUUGGGGGUUUUUUCAAAGUCAUCGAUAUGAGUGACGAGCAUGAAAAGAACGGGGCGAAGCCUACGCCAUCCAAACGAUCGACAACCUCGGCCUGUAGGCAAAGCGAGGUUUCCAUCAUAGAUCUUACAGGAGACGACGAAUAA